AUGGCGCUUUCUUCUUCUUCUUCCUCUCUCUUCCUCCUCCUCCUCCUCUUCUCUCUUCUCCUUCUCUUCCCGUCCCACUCCUCCGGCCAUGAAGCAGCCUCCGCGCAGCAGCAGGCCGACCGCGUCUCCCAUCUCCCCGGCCAUCCGCCGGUGACCUUCCGCCAAUUCGCCGGCUACGUCACCGUCAACGAGACUCACGGCCGCGCCCUCUUCUACUGGUUCUUCGAAGCCACUCACGACGCCCACAACAAGCCCCUCCUCCUCUGGCUCAACGGAGGGCCUGGCUGUUCUUCCAUAGGGUAUGGGGAGGCAGAAGAAUUGGGGCCUUUCUUGAUCCAAAAGGGCGUCCCGGAACUCGGACUCAAUAACCAUUCAUGGAACAAAGAGGCCAAUUUGCUGUUUCUGGAGUCGCCGGUAGGAGUGGGGUUUUCAUAUACUAAUACAAGCUCUGACUUGAACAAACUAGGAGACACGAUCACUGCUGAAGAUGCCUACAUCUUUCUUGUGAAUUGGUUUAAGAGGUUUCCACGAUUCAAGUCUCACGACUUCUAUAUUGCCGGGGAAAGUUAUGCCGGGCAUUAUGUGCCACAACUUUCGGAGAAGAUUUUCGAUGAGAAUAAGAUUGUUCCGGCCAAAAACUACAUAAAUUUCAAAGGUUUCAUUAUCGGGAAUGCCUUGAUGGAUGAUGAAACUGAUCAGACUGGUAUGAUAGACUAUGCAUGGGAUCAUGCAGUGAUAUCCGAUCGAGUUUACCAUGAUGUGAAGAACAAUUGCAAUUUCAGUAAAGAAAAUGUCACCGAUGCCUGUAGUAGUUCAUUGGAUGAGUUUUUUGCAGUUUACAAUAUCAUCGAUAUGUAUAGCCUAUAUUCUCUAGAAUGUGUAGAUUCAAACUCCACCAUGGCUUCAAAUAGAAGGUCCUAUUUUGUUGAAGGUGCUUCCCCUAAGAUACUCUCUAGACAUAGUGGAUGGCAUCGAAAGCCAGUCGGUUACGAUCCAUGUGUUCUGAAUUACACCGAGAAAUACUUUAACAGGCCAGAUGUGCAAGAAGCUCUACAUGCCAAUGCCACUAAGAUUGGCUACACUUGGACUCAUUGCAGCGAUGCGAUCUCCAAGUGGAAUGAUGCACCUUCCUCUGUGCUCCCGGUGAUCCGCAAGCUCAUCGAUGGCGACAUUCGAGUGUGGGUUUUCAGUGGAGAUACUGAUGGAAGAAUACCGGUGACCUCCACAAGACUGACACUGAACAAACUUGGCCUGAAAACUAUUCAGGAAUGGAAGCCAUGGUAUGACAGAAUGCAGGUCGGCGGGUGGACCAUCAUCUUCGAGGGGCUAACGUUUGUGACGGUGCGUGGUGCCGGCCACCAAGUGCCUACAUUUGCUCCCAGGCAAGCGCAGCAGCUCAUUCGGCACUUCUUGGCAGAUCAGCAAUUGCCUUCUUCCCCUUUUUAG